AUGAACACGCGGGUGGUUGUCGUCCCUCGGAACAGCACCCUGGGCUCGUUUGACGAUACCAAGGAUCCCCUGGGCAGAUUAGAGCACUGGCACAUCCGCAGAGACGCAAAAGAUGCAGUCGUCACACUGGAACACGCCGCAGAAUACCUCAGGACCAAAGACACGCCCGUUGCCUUCCCCACGGAGACGGUGUACGGCCUGGGCGCCGAUGCCACGAGGAGUGCGUCGGUCAGGGGGAUAUAUUCGGCGAAAGGGAGGCCGUCGGACAACCCGCUCAUAGUGCACGUGUGCGAUGUCGAUAUGCUACGGACCCUGCUUGGAUCCCGGGUCGAAGACGCCCUCCCGGCGCGGUACCAGUCUCUCAUCGAGAGGUUCUGGCCUGGCCCGCUGACGAUCCUACUGCCCAAUCCUGAUCCCUCGCCGCUUGCGCCAGAGGUCACGGCCGGGCUUGGGACGUUUGGCGUGCGCAUGCCGUCGGAGCCGUUGGCCCUGACGCUCAUCAAGCUUGCUGGUGUGCCGCUGGCUGCCCCGUCUGCGAAUGCCUCCACGAAGCCGUCGCCCACCACGGCGCAGCACGUCAAGGAUGACUUGGACGGGCGGAUUGAACUGAUCCUCGAUGGGGGCUCCUGCCAAGUUGGUGUGGAAAGCACCGUUGUCGAUGGCCUGUGUGAUCCGCCGGUUGUUUUGAGACCGGGGGGCGUGGGUAUCGACGAGUUGAGGAGCUGUCCUGGCUGGCAAGAUGUCGUGAGAGCAUACAAGGACCGGAGCGAGGAGGGGAAGGAGGCGCCGCGAGCGCCGGGCAUGAAGUAUAAGCACUAUAGUCCUCGUGCAAGGGUCGUGCUGUAUGAGUCGAGUUACGAGCAGGGACGAGCUGGCAUCGUCAAGGCAGACGCGGCUACUGUCGCGGCAACUGCGAAUGCGGAUGCACAUGCCACGAAUGGCACUGCGAGAAGGAAGGUCGGAGUCAUACGGACCAAGAGGUGGAAGCCCGCUGCUGGCCUGCGAUGCAGCAAGCUCGAUUUACACGCGGGACACGUCGGGCACAGCCGGCAAAACGGCCAUCACGACGAGACCCGGUAUGACGUGUAUGCCGGGGACUUGCAAAACGAUGAGGGAAACACAAUCGGCCAAGUAUUCGACAUUAGUUUGGGCCACGAAACCCGCGGCAUAGCGCAAGGGUUAUUCUCCGCCCUCCGAGAACUGGAUAGACGAGGCGCAGACGUUAUUUUUGUAGACGGUAUAGACGACAAGCUGGAUAUAGCAGCCGCCGUGAUGAACCGCCUUCGCAAGGCGGCAUCCGAAACUAGAGCAUAG